CACUGAAACAUUUCCACCUGCAGUCAUGCAGUUCUUCAUAAACUGCUGUAGGAACUUGAUGAAGGUGAAUGAGAAGGAGCAGGAAACCCAAGUGAUCAAAAUCAAGAUGCCACCUAAAGAGACAACUGCCACAGAAGAACUGCCCUAUAACAAGAAGAAGGGGAAUACAGAAGAUUACCUCCUUUCCAAAAUGCCCCCGGAUGGCAGAGAGGUGCCGUUUGUCCUGCCAACAUUCAAGACCUCCUACGUUCAGCCCAGAGACCUUCACUCCCCCAGUCUACAGGCUGGGAUGCAGAAUUCAGCCAGGUCCACAUAUGCAGAGAGGAAGGCAGAGCUGCUGGGGACUUCUUACUUCGCCUACAACCCUGAGUCCAGUUUUCAUCAAGGUCACAUAUCAGCGUACAUCUCCCCCGGCUUGAUCCACAGAAACAUGCUAAAGCACAGAAACUCCAGUUCUCAAGGCGCAGGUUGGACUCAGCAGCGACUAAGCAGCUCCAUGUUUGAUCUCUCUAGCAGCCCUCAGUGCCACAUGCAGAGGAUCGACUCCACAUCCAGCACCUUCAGUAACACCUCCUCUGUGCUCAGCUCGAUGGAGAGCAGCCUGGACUCUAUCAACAUGUCUGAGGACGAGCAUGAGCUGGGGAAGGUGUGGGUCCGGCUGAGCUAUCAGGAAGAUGUGGAACAGGUGUGGAUCACUCUGGUCCAGUGUUCAGAUCUUCACCUUCAUCCAGAUGAAGCUGAACAACAGAAGAUUGGUUUCAAAGCCAUCCUCACCAUCCCCAAACCUGUCCAGUUCAAGAGCUCAGUCAAAGAGUACUGUCAG